AGUUGUUGGUUUGAUCAGCAGCGAAGCCCGAAACCGAAACACGAGAAAUAUAACCGAGCUCCGUCCCCGCGCCUUUUCCAUUUUCCAUCUCUCUGAAAUUGCUUCGUGGCACCGGUGAAGUCGUCCCCUUUCCGUUAUCGACCAGCGCGACCUGUUAACUAGACAUGAGUACGCUUGAUGUGACCAUGGAGGAUAGUAGCGGUGGUGUCCGACCUAAAGCCCAAUGGAAGCAAAUGGGGCCUGCAGAGAAGGAGGCAUCUGUGCACGAAGAAGUCAAGAGAAUGCAGAGGCUGCCUGCACACAGCUCCUAUGUUACGCAUCGAUUGCGGGUCCUUAAUAAGAUUCUGCAGCUCCUGUCCAUUCAGAGAACUACUUCACAAGAUCGGGAGUUGGAAUUGCUUUUUGCGGGGCUGUCUCUAUGAACUGAACCUUUCAAGGCAGUGGUCAGUUGCAGUUCAACUUAUUUUGUGGAGUUAGAGACCAUAAUCAUUUUGCACUGGGAUCUAUGUAACUACAUGUUAGUCUCACUGUAAUGUUUGUUUUCAACAUGCUGACCGAUGUUUAAUUGUUCUCUGUUUGUUAAUCUGUAAAGGAUGAUAAGUUUUGUAUGUAUAUUUCUGUUAAGGCAUGAGACUUUAAUAGUUCAUUCUAAAGAAAAAAGCUGUAUAAUUUUUUUGAAAAAGCUUCAGCUAACAACA